CUUCCUUCCUCUCUCGCCUCUUUCUGACCUUUACCCAACGCAGCCCCCAUUGAGCGGUUGUUGCACAAAGCUUUCUCUAUAUAACCAUUUUCCCCCAUCAUUCUCCACAACUCAGAAAUCAAUUCAAAUCCAAACCCAACUCACACUCUUACUUCCUCUCUAACACUCUCUACUCUUCAUCUUUCAUUUUGCUAUACAAAUGGCCCCCGCUCCCUUCCAACAACUUGCCCCCCAAAAUGGUUCCGUGGAGAGCUUCUGCAUCAGCACUAAUGAUCCACUCAACUGGGGUGUGGCUGCCGAGGCUCUCAAGGGGAGCCAUCUCGACGAGGUGAAGCGCAUGGUGGAGGAGUACCGGAGGCCCCUUGUCAAGCUCGGUGGUGAAACUCUCACCAUUUCCCAAGUGGCUGCCAUUGCCACUCGUGAUAACCAUGUGGUGGUCGAACUGGCCGAGUCUGCUAGAGCGGGCGUUAAAGCUAGCAGUGAUUGGGUUAUGGAGAGCAUGAACAAAGGCACUGAUAGCUAUGGUGUCACUACUGGCUUUGGUGCUACCUCUCAUAGAAGGACCAAUCAAGGUGGCGCUCUUCAGAAGGAGCUGAUUCGAUUCUUGAAUGCUGGGAUCUUUGGAAGUGGAGCUGAGUCCACCCAUACUCUGCCCCACUCCGCUACCAGGGCGGCCAUGUUGGUGAGAAUCAACACUCUUCUUCAAGGCUAUUCGGGCAUUCGAUUUGAGAUUUUGGAAGCCAUAACCAAACUCUUGAAUUCUAACAUCACUCCCUGCUUGCCUCUUCGUGGAACCAUCACUGCUUCGGGUGAUCUUGUUCCUCUUUCUUAUAUUGCUGGAUUGCUCACCGGCCGACCCAACUCUAAGGCGGUUGGACCAAAUGGAGAGAGCCUUAAUGCUCAGGAGGCUUUUCGACAAGCUGAUAUUCCUUCUGGGUUCUUCGAGCUGCAGCCUAAAGAAGGUCUUGCUCUUGUCAAUGGCACUGCUGUUGGUUCUGGAUUGGCUUCCAUUGUUCUGUUUGAGGCCAACAUCUUGGCUGUUUUGUCUGAGAUUUUGUCCGCAAUUUUUGCUGAGGUUAUGCAAGGAAAGCCUGAAUUCACCGAUCAUUUGACUCACAAGUUGAAGCAUCAUCCUGGUCAGAUCGAGGCUGCUGCAAUUAUGGAACACAUCUUGGACGGAAGUUCUUACAUGAAAACUGCAAAGAAAUUGCACGAAACCGAUCCUCUCCAGAAGCCAAAGCAAGAUCGUUAUGCUCUUAGAACUUCUCCUCAAUGGCUUGGUCCAUUGAUCGAAGUUAUUCGAUUCUCAACCAAAUCUAUCGAAAGAGAGAUUAACUCGGUCAACGACAACCCUUUGAUUGAUGUUUCAAGGAACAAGGCCAUCCAUGGAGGCAACUUCCAAGGAACUCCCAUUGGAGUCUCCAUGGACAACACUCGUUUGGCCGUUGCUUCAAUUGGAAAGCUCAUGUUUGCCCAAUUCUCAGAGCUUGUCAACGACUUCUACAACAAUGGGCUGCCUUCAAAUCUCUCUGCAAGCAGAAACCCAAGUUUAGAUUAUGGAUUCAAAGGUGCAGAGAUUGCGAUGGCUUCCUAUUGCUCUGAGCUUCAAUAUCUUGCAAAUCCAGUGACGAGUCAUGUACAGAGCGCGGAGCAACACAACCAAGAUGUUAACUCGCUGGGUCUAAUCUCUUCAAGGAAAACAGCGGAAGCCCUUGAUAUCUUAAAACUCAUGUCUUCCACCUUCUUGGUUGCCCUCUGCCAAGCAAUCGACUUGAGGCAUUUGGAGGAAAACUUGAAGAACGCAGUAAAAAGCUGUGUUAGCCAAACAGCCAAGAAAGUGUUGAACACAUCCUCUAAUGGAGCGCUUCACCCAUCAAGGUUUUGUGAGAAGGAUCUUCUAAAGGUUGUGGACAGAGAGUACACCUUCGCUUAUAUCGAUGAUCCAUGCAGUGCCACUUACCCAUUGAGCCAAAAGUUGAGGCAAGUCCUUGUUGAGCACGCACUUGGCAAUGGUGAUUGUGAAAAGGACGCAGACACUUCAAUCUUCCAAAAGAUUGGGGCUUUCGAGGAGGAACUAAAGGCAGUGUUACCAAAAGAAGUCGAAAAUGCAAGGUCGUGGUACGAGAGUGGAAAUUCCAAAAUUGAGAAUCAGAUAAAGGACUGCAGAUCUUAUCCAUUGUAUAGGUUUGUGAGAGAAGAGUUGGGAACGAAUCUACUGACAGGAGAAAAAGUGAUGUCUCCGGGAGAAGAGUGCGAGAAGGUGUUCACAGCUCUGUGUGAAGGGAAGAUGAUCGACUCUAUCUUGGAGUGCUUGAAAGAGUGGAACGGUGCUCCAAUUCCCAUCUGCUAAGGAUUCAACAUUGAUGAACAUAUUUAUAACAUGAAUUUGUACUUCACUAUUUUUUUCAACCUUCCUCUCAUCAUAUUUCCUUUUGCCAAAAAGAAUGAAGUAAUAAAAUUCUUUCAUAAAUUCUUCCAU